AUGAAUACAUCUGAGAGCUAUUCCAAUAUUAAGAAUAAAAGCACAUCUGAGAGCUAUCCUGGUCAAAAUGUUUUUUCAGACAACUGGGAUGAACUUGACCAUUUUUGGGCUGCUCACUUUUUGCAUGAAGGAAAAGAUGUCCCUGGUUUAAAAAAUAAGGUAAAUUCAGAACGUUUACGUUAUGCAAAAACAUUACAAAUGUAUUGGAAAGGAAUUAUUAAUGAAUAUAAAAAAGAAAAAGAAAAUCUGGUACCUACUGCUAAGAAGAUAAUUGAAAUUCCUCAUCUCAUUCCUGUUGAUAAUUAUUCUAUUUCUGCUGCUAAUGAUCAUUCUAUUCCUACCAAUAAAGAUAAUAUUGAAGACAAAAAUCAUUCUAUUCCUAUUAAAGGCUAUUCUAUUUCUACUAAAAACCAUUCCAAAAUUUCUUAUAAAAACACUAAGCUUAAUAACUUUUGUUAUGAUAUUCUUCAAAAACUUGAUGAACAGUCUAACAUUCAUCCAUUCUAUAAAUAUGAUGAAAAGGAAGUGUUUAUAAAAAAUCAAAUGGAUUUAUUUACAAUAAAUUCAACAUUAGAAAAUGGUCAAUAUACAAGUACAAAAGAAUUUGAAAAUGAUAUUCGUCUUAUAUUUCGCAAUUGUUAUACAUAUAAUGAUAUUGGAAGUGAAAUAUAUUGUUUAGGAGAAGAAUUGGAAUCAGCUUUUAAUAAAAUAUGGACUGAAAAAAUAAUUUUUCAAGUUAAACAAAAGGAAAAUUUAAAAAGAAUACAAGAUACUAGUGAUGCUGAUUUAUCUUCUGCUUCAGCAUAUGAAAAUCUUGUUGCAGAUAAAAUUAUUGAAAAAGAAAAUGAAAUGGUUUUGUUAAAAAGAUCAUAUUCAUAUUGGUCAAAAGAAUAUGGAGAAACCAAACAAACAACUAUAGGAGAAGUAUUAGACAAUGGGGUUAAUCAAUUGAAAUCAUAUAUGAAUGUCAUUUCAAAUGGAAAAACAAUUAAUUAUUCUAGUUCAGGAAUAUUUGAUGAACAAAUCAAAAUAACUAAAUCAAAUCCAAAUAAAUUAAAAGGAUUUGUUAUCUUGGUAGUUGGCUUUCAUCGUGUUUUAUGGAGAUCUGUAGAAGAAAUAAUAUCUGAUUAUUCAUAUGAUAAGGUUUAA